AUGGGCGCCGCGGUCACCGCGCCGCUGGGCGCGGCGGCCACCUGCCUGGGCGGCUGCUGCGGCACGUUCACCGCUGGGUGCUGCUACCACCUGGCCGGCAGCGGCCAGGUGGGCAGCGCACAGGCGGCUCGGACCGUCCUCGUCAUGCUGCAGGCGUUCACGGCCGCCCUCGCGGCCGUCGCGGCGGCGACGCCGUCGCACUGGCUGCCGUGGACCUGCGACAAGCUGGGCUCCGUGAGCAUGGGCGACCUGGGCAUCUGCGGCUGCGCGGGCGAGCUGGCGUGCUACUCGGACCAGCUCGUGUACCGGGCUGAGGCCGCUGGCGUCCUGGUUUUCCUCACGCUGCUGGCGAUGGCCGCCGGCGGGUGCGUGGAGGGCGCGUCCCGCUCGGCAUCCGUGGCGAAGUUCAUGGCGGUGCUUCUGAUCGGCUUCGUGCUGCUCUUCGUGCCGAACGAGAUCCUCAGCGUGUUCGGCACGGCCGCCACGGCCGCGUCCGCGGUCUUCCUGACGGUGCAGGCCGUGAUGCUGAUCGACUUCGCGUACACCUGGAACGAGGUCUGGUUCGCCAAGGCGACGGAGGCGCGGAGAGUUGCGCCAGGGUCCCGCCGCGCCAAGCAGUGGGAGGGUGGCAUCCUGACGUCGUCCGCGGUGCUCGCCGCCCUGUCGCUCGUCGGGGUCGUGUGCCUCUUCGUGGCCGUGGCGGACGUCGGCGCGCGGAGCGUCGCCGCCGUGGCGUGGCUGCUCGCCGCCGCCCUGCUGGUGGUGAGCAUCACCGACACGUGCGAGCACGGCGCGCUGCUGACCUCCUGCGUCGUUAUGGCGUACACCACUUGGCUCGUGUGGGAGACGCUGGCGAUGCUCCCCAGCGGCGACGGCCCGCGCCUGCCGGCCUGGGCCGCGCUGUCCGUGUGCGGCAUCUCGCUGCUGUCCUUCUCGAAGGGCACCGGGGGGGCCGCGUCCGCGGCCGUGGACCAGGAGAGCCUCACCCCCUCGGCGGGCCCGCCGCCCGGGGACGCCGGCUCCACCGCCGGCACGGCCAGCGAGGGGGCAUCCUCUCCUGUGGUGUCCAAGGACUUCAAGAUCCAGUGCGCCGUGCAUGUGGCCGCUGGUGCCUCCGCCAUUCUGCGCCGCACUAUCAUGCUACCCACCUCGAUCACCGCUGCAAGUCUAGUGUGGAGGCAUCACAAGUCGAACGCUCACUGCCGCCUGAAGCCAUUUGACCUGUUCUACACUAGCCCGGCAGCAGGCAUCUACAUCACCGCCGCGCUGGCGCCGAAAGCCGGCGACGUCACGUACGGUGCGGCUCACAGGCUGCUUUCCGGCUGCACCUCGCGCGGGGCCCUCCGGGAGACCCUGGCGCUCACGCUGGGCACGUGCACGGCCAGCAUGAAGAAAAUGGCCCAGCUGCAGGUUGGCAACCUGCUGCUUCGCUUCACGUUUCUGGCAGCGCAGAUCAGCACCCACUCAGACACCGUGGGCAAUGGCGAGCACCCAGGACGAGUUCGCACGUUCGGGGCCAGAGCGUUCCCAACGCGCAUGAGCCAGCUCCUCGCGGAGGGCAUCCAGCAGCGCAUCGACGAGGGCUACCAGGAGAAACCCGAGCUGCCCGUCGAAGCGGAGUCCCUCGCGAGCGGGCAGCGGCAGCCGGCCCUGAUGCCUUCGAGGGGCGGCGCCCCCGCAGAGGGGCACGGCGCCGCUGGGCUGCUCGGAGGGCCCAGCGCGGACGAUGCCGCCGUCGGCUCUGGUGCGCUGGGCGCCCGCCUGCGGGCGAGGAGGUCGCACCUCGCCGCCGCCUGGGGGACCUCCUUCGCCGGCGGGGAGCACCCCGUCAUAAUCGUGAGCGGCAUGACGGCCAAAAAGGAGAUGUGCCUCGUGGUCGGGCACGGCCACGUGGGCGCGGAAGGUGUCGACGUGUCCAUAGAGCCCUGCGAGAACGCGGUGCGUGAAGGCGACGGCCGGGACGUGUGGCACUUCGAUUCCAAGGGGCGCAUUCACGACGAGAUGGGCGGCAAGUGCAUGACCUGGGACGAGGAGGCGGGAAACGGCGAGGGGCGGCUCGUGAUGUCCGACUGCGACAAGAGCUUCGGGGCCAACGAGGGGAACUCCCAGUGGGAGCCCACGCCCAUCAACCAGCUCAGGAGUGGGGCGCGGCCAGGAGACCUUUGCCUGAGCCUCACUGGCGACGACAAGUCGGCCACGGAGGUGGACGUCGCCAGGAACGCGGACAGCCGCGCGACCUCCACCUUCGACGAGGUCUCGCACGGCUCCGGCCGGGCUGUGGAUGGAGAUGCCUCGUCCUACUGGGCUAGCGGCCCGGUCCAUGAGGGCGACCAUGUCACGUACCAGCUGAGCUUGCCAGGCGAGAAGGAGAUCGACGCCCUCGAUAUCCGGUGGCGGAUUUCCGCCGCAGUCCUUCAAAGUCGAGACCAGCGAGGACGGCGAGCACUGGACCAAGAUAUACGAGGUGUCGAGCAAUCCGAGGCACUCCGCGUGGUCGAAGAUCCCGCUCAAGGGCCACUGGGCUGA